UGCUGACAGAGAGGGGGAGACAUGGGAGACAGGGAAGGAAAGUAGAGUGGUGAGAAGCAGAGAGUGAGACACUGAGCAGGCUGCCUGUGAGGAGGAUUCACCUCUGACUGAAUGAAAACUUUCUAGGGAAGGUAGAAGUGAUCAUUUGAGAGUCCCAGGGUGUUAGUUUUUAAGGAAAGUCUGAUUUGACCUUUGAUCCAGUGGAUAAACAGACAUUUCUGGACAUCAUGGAUGGAGAAUCAUCCAAUAAGGAGGCAUCUGGGUCCGCAGAGACGACCGCUCAGACUGACACCAACAACAACAACAAUCUGACAGAUGAGCCAGAGCUGGAAGAGAGUAAAGACCCAGGGAGAGAGCCUCCAGCAGAGGAGACACCGGAAGGUCAGGGAGCAACAAAGGAGGGGGAGAAGGAGGAGAAGGUGAAGGAGGAUUCAGUACCAGAGCAGGGAGGAGAAGAGGAGGCCAGCGCUGGAGACACAGACAAGGCCCAGACAACUCCAUCAAAGCAUGUUGACGGUGACGCCACAGAAGCUGGACAAGAUAAAGACAAAGCCUCUACUGAUGUCAUCGUGAAAGAUACUGAACCAACAAGCAAAGAAAAAGAUGGAGAAGGAGAGAAAAAUGAAGACAAGAAAGGUGAGCAGGUGGAAGAGGUCAAGAGCUGUGAGACUGGGGGAGAAGGAGAGGACGUGACGGACAAAAACAAAGAGAAAAAGAAGAGUAAAACAGAGGAAAAGGCAGAAGAAGCAGAAAAAGAUGUGAGUGAAAAAGCAGCAAAAGGGGCAGAGAAGAAAAAACAAGUCGAGGAAGUGAAUGUAGAAACAAAAGACAUAGGGAAGCCGGCAGAGGUGGAAAAGCAAGCAAAGCCCAAAAGAAAGAGUGGUCCUCCCUCCUCUGCUCUCUCACGACCGAGACAAUCUGCACGCUCUAUAAGGGCAGCCGCUAGAAAUGACAUCAUUGCCAAAUUCCAAAAAGGUGCACCAGAGACACCAAUAGCCCGCAACUUCAAAAUUCAGAAGUCAGCAUCAGCUGGAGCUACAGGAGCUACUAUCAAACAGAAGAUUCUUCACUGGUGUCAAAACAAGACUCGCCGUUAUGAGGGUGUCGAGAUAGAAAACUUCUCAUCAUCCUGGAGUGACGGAAUGGCGUUCUGUGCUCUGAUCCAUCGUUACUUUCCUGAUGCUUUUGACUUCAGCUCCCUGAAUGCGAAGGAGAGGGAGAAAAACUUCACUCUGGCCUUCCAAUCUGCAGAGUCCCUGGCCGACUGCUACCCUCUGCUGGAAGUGAAGGACAUGCUCAUGAUGGGCAACAACCCUGACCCCAUGUGUGUGUUCACAUACGUCCAGUCCCUCUGCCAAAGCCUCUCCAAAAUAGAGAAAGAGAGGAAGGACAAAGAAACAGCGGAGAAAGACAAAAAAGCUGGUGAUGAGGGAGAAGAGAAGAGAGAAGAUGCAGCAGGAGAGGUGUCACCGGAGAAGGAUGAGGGAGAGUCUGCUGAGAUUGAGAUGACAGAGAGCCAAGAGGAGAAACAGGAAGAUGUUGAAGAGGCAGAGGCAGCUGGCGAGGAAGAAAAUGCACAAGACAGCUGUGAGACGGAGGGAGAUGGAGGAAUGUUAGUCAAGGCAGAGUCCUAGAAAAAUACUGAUGGCAAACAGAAAGACUGAAAAGACCAAAAGUAUUGCUGAUGGUUGUGGUACUUCAAUGAGUAGCUGAAGUCUUAGUCUGGUGUUGGAUUGUCCACAGGCAAUGUGAUGUUAGUUAUCUUUAUGUUUGUGUGUUUUUGUUGUUGCAUAUGUUUGUUUUGAGCAUAUAAAGCAGAAAUAUUUAGUUCCACUAUUUGCCGUGUAUUUAUAGAAAAAAUGAAUUAAACAAUGACCUUGUGAAU